AUGGCGCAUGGAUGCCUUCCGGCGCCGAAUCCUGGACAAACCUUCUGGCAACAAGAAGGAAAUAACGAAUUCAGCGACUAUCGUUCCACAGAGGCUCUGCCAGCGCAUACCGACAUUCUGGUUAUCGGUGCUGGUUACGCUGGAACAAGUACAGCAUACCAUCUGCUUGCCGAGGGCACGAAGACCUCCAUCACCAUACUCGAUGCACGAGGAGUCUGUUCCGGAGCGACUGGUCGAAAUGGCGGACAUUUGAGACCCGAUCUGUACGGCCAUAUCCCGACAUAUAUUGACCGAGCUGGCCUCGAGGCAGCUGCUGAAGUUGCCGAAUUUGAGAUCGCACAUGUUCCAGCCCUCAAGAAGUUCGUUCGAGAGCAAGGGAUUGACUGUGACUUCAAUCUUUGCAGGUCCAUUGAUGUCUGGUGUAACGAGCAAGCAGCCCAGAAAGCAAAAGCUGUCUACGAACAGAUGACUGCUUAUGGCCUUAGUUAUAUGGAAGAUGUUAUUUUUUACUCCGGAAAGGAAGCAGAAGGCAUAUCUGGUGUCAAAGGUGCGAAAGCUGCCGCAUCAUACACAGCAGCUUCUUUGUGGCCGUACAAGUUCAUUAUACAUUUGACGAAGUUAAUUCUCGCCAGUGGCCAAGUGAAUCUUCAAACCAAUACUCCGGCGACCUCAAUACAGCCGGCCUCCCAAGGCGGAUUUAUGAUUGAGACUCCACGCGGAAAUAUCCAUGCAGACAAAAUUAUCCAUGCAAAUAAUGCAUACGUCUCGGGGCUUCUUCCCGAAUACGCAAAGAAUAUCAUCCCCUGCAAAGGCAUCGCAUGCCACAUUGCCGUACCAGACGGCGCAAAAGCACCUCUCCUCAACAAUUCGUACAUCAACCGAACCGACGACAACAAUCUCUCUUACUUGAUUGGCCGAAGUGACGGGAGCAUUGUUGUCGGCGGCGCUUCGGCGAAAUUCAAACCUUUCAGAGACCAAUGGUACAAUAACGUGGAUGAUAGCAUACUCAUCGACGCCGCGAAUGAUUAUUACCAUGACUAUAUGCAAAAGACGUAUCACGGUUGGGAGGACAGCGGUGCAGCAAUCAGUAAAAUAUGGAGCGGAGUUAUGGGGUACUCAUACGAUUCGCACCCCCAUAUCGGAUCUGUGCCGAACAAGCUUGGUCAGUAUGUUAUUGCUGGUUUCAAUGGCCAUGGAAUGCCCGUUAUUUGGCUUUCGACGAAAGGGUUGGCGAAAAUGAUCGCGCAUGAUGUACCGUUUGAGCAGAGUGGUAUACCCAGGUUGUUCCAGUCAUCGCAGGCUCGGAUCGACCGGGCACAGAAUGGUAGUGAGGAGGAUGGAGAUAUUUUGGGUACGGGGUCAUUUCCCGCAACCAAGCAAUAA